CCAGAAUCAGAGAAGAAGAAGAAGACGAGACUCUCUUCAAUUUUUCUAGGGUUUUGAUCUGUUGCCCAGAAGGAAAGAAACAGAGUCCAUAAUUGGAAGAGAUUAACGAGGAUUUGGACUCUAAUGACCACUGGGUUGCAUGAAUUCAAUCUGGCUUCAAGAAGAGCCGAAGAAGCAGCGGCGAGGAGGUUUCAAGCCGUGCAAUGGCUUAAAUCUGUAGUGGGUCAACUAGGUAUACCGAAUCAGCCAUCGGAGAAGGAGUUCAUUUCUUGCUUGAGAAAUGGUAUGAUUCUUUGUAAUGCAAUCAACAAGAUCCACCCAGGAGCCGUUUCCAAGGUUGUGGAGAACUACUCGUAUUUGAACGGAGAGUAUCAACUUCCCCCGGCUUAUCAAUAUUUCGAGAAUGUUCGGAAUUUUCUCGUGGCUCUAGAAACAUUGAGGCUUCCUGGAUUUGAAGCUUCUGAUCUUGAAAAGGAUAAUCUAGAGUCUGGAUCAGUGACCAAGGUUGUGGAUUGCAUUUUAGGACUUAAGGCAUACCAUGAGUGCAAGAUAACGAGCAAUGGUAAUGGGUUAUACAAGCACGUCAAAACGCCGACAUUUCAGCUCUCUGCGACUAAGAUUCAGCCUCUAAGUGCUUCCAAAACGUCUAGGCAUUUAGAUAUGUCCACAGUCCGUGAUACAAACGAUUGCACUGAUGGUGAAUCUGAUAAACUCAAAGAGAUAGCCAAGUUGUUUGCCGAUCAUAUUUUCAAUUCCAAGGAAAAUAUUGAUGAGAAUCUUAUUUCAUUAGAGAAUGGCACUGGGAAUCCUAGAGCAAACUUCGAGAAAAUCAUCUCAAGAUACCCAGAGCUUCAGUCAGUAUUCAAGAAUUUACUUAGCGAAGGUACUUUGAAACCACCAGAAUUAAAAUCAAUGCUUCUGGAGGAGUUACCUGUCCAUGAAGAAGACCAAUCCAGCAGAAGUCUCCUACACAAGACAAAUUGCAACCAUAAGCGUUUACUGAAAACACAAGAAAAGGAGCUUUCGGUUCUCAAGACCUUGUUUAUAAAAACGAAGCAGGAUUUUAAGGAAUUUCAGGUUCAUUUGCAAAGAGAUUUGAUGGAGCUAGGGAAUCAGAUGCAAGAGAUGUCAUCAGCAGCUCAAGGAUAUUACAAAGUGGUGGAAGAGAACCGAAAACUAUAUAACAUGGUGCAAGAUCUUAAAGGAAAUAUAAGAGUGUACUGCAGAGUUAGACCGAUCUUCAAUAGUGAAAUGAACGGAGUAAUAGAUUAUAUAGGGAAAGAUGGCUCUUUAUUUGUUUUGGAUCCAUCGAAGCCUUAUAAAGAUGCAAGAAAAACGUUUCAAUUUAAUCAAGUAUUUGGUCCAACAGCAACUCAAGAUGAUGUAUUCAGAGAAACGCAACCAUUAAUCAGAUCAGUGAUGGAUGGUUACAAUGUCUGCAUUUUCGCUUAUGGUCAAACUGGAUCAGGGAAGACAUACACAAUGAGUGGUCCUCCAGGUAGAUCAGCUACUGAAAUGGGAAUAAACUAUCUAGCUCUCAGUGAUCUCUUUCUGAUAUGUGAUAAAAGAAAGGAUAUGAUGACCGAGGAUGAUGGCUUGAGUCUUCCAGAUGCUACAAUGCAUUCUGUGAAUUCCACCAAGGAUGUCCUUCAGCUGAUGGAGGCUGGAGAAGUGAAUCGUGCAGUCAGUUCCACAUCCAUGAACAAUCGAAGUAGCCGGUCUCACAGUAUUUUUAUGGUGCACGUACGUGGGAAAGACACAUCUGGGGGAACCCUCCGAAGUUGCUUGCAUCUGGUGGAUCUUGCAGGGAGCGAGAGAGUAGAUAAAUCAGAGGUUACUGGAGACAGACUUAAGGAAGCACAGUAUAUCAACAAAUCUCUUUCUUGUCUCGGAGAUGUGAUUUCUGCAUUGGCUCAGAAGAAUUCUCACAUCCCCUACCGAAACAGCAAAUUGACUCUUCUACUUCAAGACUCAUUAGGAGGACAAGCCAAAACAUUAAUGUUUGCUCAUUUGAGUCCUGAGGAAGACUCCUUUGGGGAAACAAUCAGUACUUUGAAAUUUGCACAAAGAGUUUCAACAGUCGAACUUGGAGCUGCUCGUGCACACAAAGAGACUAGAGAGGUUAUGCAUCUCAAGGAGCAGAUUGAAAACCUGAAGAAGGCUUUGGGUACUGAAGAAAAUAAUAAUGUUUCCAACAGUGGAGCAAAGGAGGUAAAAUCUCCUUUCGGCAGGCCAUUUGCAACAACAGAGAGAACUCCUCCACGUCUCAGAAGAUUAAGCAUCGAAAACUGUAGCAACACAAAGGCAAACCUUGAAGACAGGAAAGGUAUUAAAUCACCUUUAGCCUCCCGUCGUGCACAAAGAUUGAGUUUGGAGGGACCAAAGUCCUGUAAAAACGAAGAAAACUGUAAAGGAGAUCCCACCAUGGAAGUGCACCAGCUCAAGAAUCCACGGAGUCCUCUAAGCUCUUAUCAAAAUCGAGCAGUGAAAGUAGAGGGCAGAACAAGCAUUCCUCAACUCCAGCUAUUGCAAACACCAGUUAAAGGAGCUUCCAGAAACGACAUACAGAUGAUUUCUGUGGAUUCUAGGACAAAUGGAAAAGGUUCACAAAUACGGAAGUCCCUGAGGACAAUUGGAAAGCUGAUCAAUGGUUCAGAGAAGAGGAAAGAGAACAUUCCUGCAGAUCCACGGUCACCAGUUGCGAAUAAUUUCAGUCAUAUAAAGUCCCCGGACACAAGCAACGCUAAGACUAUGCGACGGCAGUCACUCACAGGUGUAAUGCCACCAGGGCAAGAAAGAUCGCGUAGAUCCUCAAUAGGAGGAAAACCAAUUGAGAAUGGUGUAAAUGUAACUGAUACAAGAAAUGCCAAGACACCUCCACCUAUGCGUUCAGCAUCAAAGAUAGGGAAGAAAUGGGCAUAAAAAGCUAUUGAAGAAUUACAAGUUUUCUUGCUUUGGCUCGAAGCACAGUAUCUCGUUGAAAGUCUUUUCAGCAUCUACACUUCAGUUUCCAUUCAUUAGGAUGAAACUGUUUUUUCUUCUUCCUGAGUAAAUAAGAACUCAACUUUAGA